AUGGAGACAACCACCGACGGGGAUUUUUCGCCCAUCGAUGCAGCGGCGGCCGCUGUUCCUGUCGCAAAACGCGUGAGACGCGAUGGCGCUUGCGUGCGAUGCCACGCCCACAAGAUCAAAUGCUCUCGUGAACAACCGUGUCGGAACUGCGUGCUGUCCCAAAAUGUUGCCGACUGCGUAUAUCCCAGGCGAGACCGGAAAAUCUUGAUUCCCGAAAGUCAGAUCAAGCGGCUUGAGCAGGAGAAUGCGAGGCUCAAACGAGUGACGCAGGAGUAUGCCGCCGCAAAUACAGCUGCCGGUGUCGCAGCCGCAUCAGGGCCUACUACGCCCUCUCAUGGCCACGGGCAUGAGAAGGCCGUGGGCAGUCUCAGCAUGGCGGAUGUCGAGAUAUCCAAUCCACUAAUUGAAGAUCGCAUGUGUUUUGUACGCGAUUACAAUUCGUCCCAAGUGGCCUAUAUCGGUGAGGCUUCUUGCACAUCCUUUGGGACUCGUCUCUAUCAGUAUCUGGACCGAAGCACCUCUCUGGCACCCAUCCCGCCGGCUCGCCUCGUCAGCGACAAGACACUGUUUCAACACAUCUUCACCGAGUACGAACUGCCCGGACGUGCUCAUGCUCACGUGCUCAUCAGGGUCGCCAUACGUCUCGUGGGAUUAGACUACCAUCUGAUGAUGCGGAAACACACCUUGGAGCAACUGGACAGUCUCUACAGCGGACGACUGACCAUAGAACAAGAUCCGCUGCUGGCAUGCCGCCUGUUCACAAUAUUUGCCCUCGGAGAAUUGUACACCAACCGGGCAAAGCAGGACCAGAAGCUAGAGAAUGCGCCUGGUGUGCCAGGUCUGGCGUUUUUUGUUCGGGCAAUGAGCCUGUUUCAAGAAAUCCGCGAGGAGGCCACCAUGUCCUACAUUGAGGCUCUGCUUCUUAUAUCUCUUUACUCUCUUGCAUUGAACCGGGCCAAUUCAGCCUACAUCUACGCCGGGAUCGCUCUCCGACUGAGUUUGACUCUCGGGCUUCACCACAAUGUCCCCGACAAUCAAAUGUUCAGUCCCCUGGAGCGAGAGCGUCGGAUUCGCGUCUGGUGGACUGUGUACAUCUUCGACCGGAACUGGAGCUCGAAAUUGGGCCAUCCCACCAGUAUCCGGGACGAAGACAUCGACGUGGAUUUGCCGUCCAUGGACAAUCUGACCGGCGUGGAAAAAGAGGAAUUCUCAGAGCCCGAUCAUCUGGUCGCCAAUGUGCAAUUGGCUCGCAUCACCGGGGACAUCAUGAACCACAUCUACGCCAAAAGCCGCCAGGGACAAAGAUCCGUGCAAAGCGUGCAAAUGGUGCUGCGAAGGUUACGGACGUUGGCAGAAACUCUCCCCAGCAGCAUCCGGUUGCAGCAAGACUCCUCUCGCAUCUAUCCGGCGAGGCAUGUGGCGUCCCUCCACUUGUGCUUCAAUCAGUGUGCGAUAUUGACCACGCGGCCGAUUUUGUUCCACGUGUUGAAGACCAAAUUCAACCCGAUUCUCGAAGACCAGACCACACAGGCGCCUCGGCCAGUGUCGGCUAUCGCCAGCGCUCUCGCCGAUGCAUGUAUCCACGCUGCUCGAAGCUCGAACCAAAUCUUAACUCAGCUCUGGGUGGAUGGAUCGAUUGCCGUAUUUGGCUUCUUCGAUGCGCAUUAUCUGUUUUCGUCGACCCUGGUCCUACUAACCGCAACCCUGUUGCGACCUAGGGCAGCCGAUGCCGAAGCGUUAGACACGGCCACUCACCUAUUGAGGUCCAUGUCCGAAGAUGGCAACCUACCGGCGUUCAGAUACUACGGCCACCUGAUGCAGUUACGAGAGGUGGUAAACUCUCUGCAGGAUAAGAGCCAACACGUCGAAGAAUGUAAGAUCAUGGCCGCCGUACAGGAAACAUGUCUGACCCAAGAUGCAGACGCUGCUGUCGCAGCAGCAGAGGCUCCAGACAAUCUUCAACCUGAACUCACCAUGCCUGCUGUACCUGCUCUUCAACACGUGCAGGCAAGCAAUCCUCCAUUGACUAAUCUACUCGUCGCCGGAUCCGCACUGGACGACCCUUUCAUCGAGAAUUUCCUGUCGUUCUCGGACUUUCAGUGGCCUGCAGUUGGUGAUGCAUUUGGUGGUGUGGUCGUGGGAAGCACAGUCUCACCUCCACAAUGGGUGUUUGAAUGGGAUGCGCAGAACCAAGAUCUGUAUGGCGCGGCGAGGGCUUGA